UGAAUGACAUUGUAGGGGAAACAGCAGCUGGCAAAUGUAAAUAUUAAAUUAGAGAUAUAAUAAGGCUGAUAAAGACUGAUAAAAAUAAAUCAGGGUUGCUCUACCUGUAUUUAUCACAAUCCAUGCCUCUUCAAAGAAAUAUUCAAAAAUUGGAGAACCAUUGUCUUCUGUCCCUAUUGUUUGAUAUAUGGAUGAGAAUCAGUUGAUUAAAAAUUUCGGAGCGAUUACGGAUUGAUAUUAUUUUUUAAUAUCUUUUUGAACUUCAAAUACAAACAUGGAUAAAGGAAACUUUAGUUCUUUUACGACUGAAGAAAAAUCAUCUACUUCUACAAAAAGAAAAAUAUGUUAUAUCUGUGCUAUCGUUAUAGUUGGUACUGGUAUCGGGACGCUGUUAUUUUGGUUAAUAAACGGAGAAUCUUUCAAAAGUCACGAUAAAGGUGGAGACAAACCUGAUUUAGUAUGCUCUUCAGUACCGGAUGUAGAAAAAUUUGAUUGCCAUCCAGAUCGACCAAUUUCCAAAACAGAAUGUCUAAAGCGAGGUUGUUGUUACAUACCAGCUUCGGAUCUUACUGUCCAAGACUUGGAUUUAAUAAAUUCGCCCUAUUUGGGUGUUCCAUCGUGCUUCUUUUCAAAGAAUUUCAUUGGAUAUGAAAUAGGAAACAUAACAAAAGAUUCUGAUCACAUUGAAACAACUUUGACUCGAAAAAUUCCAUCAGGCUUUCCAAACGAUGCACAGAAUGUUCAUUUGAAUAUAACCUUUAUCGACGAUGCUACCCUCAGAAUUAGACUGACUGAUGAGGAUUCUGAGCGUUUUGAACCUGAUUUUCCUUUGCAUUACAACAUAAUUAAUAAACGAAAUGAAUUGUAUUCUGUAGAACUGGAUAACCAUGGAUUACUGUCUGUUAAACGAAAAGCUACAGGAACAGUUAUCUUCAGGACAAAAUUGACCCAAUUAGUUUUCAGUGACCAAUUUCUUCAUCUGUCAUCUUCAACUUCUUCAACAAAUCUGUAUGGUUUAGGGGAACAAAAGGAAGGACUUCUCCGAUCCUUUAACUGGGCAAGAUAUACAAUAUUUAACCAAGGAGAUUUACCAGUGCCACACAGAAACUUAUAUGGUAGUCAUCCAUUCUAUAUGGUUUUGGAAGAUGAUGGCAAAGCUAAUGGAGUCUUCUUAUUGAACAGUAAUGCUAUGGAUGCUGUUUUGCAGCCAGCCCCUGCAAUAAGUUUACGGACAAUUGGUGGAAUUUUAGAUCUUUUUAUUAUGUUGGGACCUACCCCUGCAGAUGUGGUUAAGCAAUAUACUGGCAUUGUUGGUCGUCCUUUCAUGAUUCCAUAUUGGAGUUUAGGUUUCCAUCUUUGUCGAUAUGGAUAUGGCAGUUUGGCUAAAACAAAUGAAACAUUGCAGAGAAAUUUAGAUAAAGGAGUUCCUAUAGAUGUUCAGUGGCAUGAUAUUGAUUUCAUGAACAGACAUUUGACUUUUACUUAUGAUCCUGUAAACUUUAAAGGUCUUCCUGAAUUUGUUGAUGAUCUUCAUAAAAAAGGAAUGCAUUAUGUAGGAAUGUUUUCUCCUGGUGUGUCUAAUAUAGAAGAACCUGAUACCUAUCCUCCUUAUGAUGAUGCUGCAAAGGAAAAUCUUUUUCUGAAAGAUGUUAAUGGUUCAGAUAUUGAAGCAGUGGUGUGGAAUACCAAUUACACUGUAUUCCCCGAUUUUAGUAAUCCAGCCACCCCUUCCUAUUGGGCAAAGCAAUUUAAAGAUUUUCAUUCCAAAUUGAACUUUGAUGGAGCAUGGCUAGAUAUGAAUGAACCUUUGAAUUUUAUGAAUGGGUCUUCGCAUGGGUGUCCGGACAAUGAAAUUGAAAAUCCUAAAUAUUUACCUGGUAGGCCCUAUCCCUUACGCACAUUGACGGUGUGUAUGACAGCAAAACAUCAUUCUACUAUUCAUUACAAUGAACACAAUUUAGUAGCUUUCCGAGAGGCACAAGCUACUUUCAAUGCCCUGAAAGAAAUUAGACAGAAAAGACCUUUUAUAAUUUCUCGUGCAUCUUUUGCUGGACAAGGUGUACACAGUGGGCAUUGGAGUGGAGAUAUUACUUCAAAUUGGGAAGAUAUGCGGUAUACUAUACCCUCAAUGUUACUGUUCAAUAUGUAUGGAAUGCCCAUGAUUGGAUCGGACAUUUGUGGAUUUCGUUUAAAUACAUCAGAUGAAUUGUGUACAAGAUGGCAAGCCCUUGGAGCAUUUUACCCUUUUUCAAGAAAUCAUAAUGAUUAUGACACUAUAGAACAAGAUCCUGCAAAACUGGAUGGAAAUGUUUUGAAAGCAACUAUAGAUAAUUUAAAUACACGAUAUUAUUUGCUUCCAUACUUUUAUACACUUUUUCAUCGCAGCCAUGCAUUUGGUGAAACUACUGUGAGACCAGUAUUUUUUGAAUUUCCCAGUGAUAAGAAUGUUUAUAACCUAAAUGAAGAAUUUUUAUGGGGACCUGCUUUACUUAUCUCACCAGUUCUUUAUAAGGGAAAAGAUGAAAUUACUCCUUACUAUCCAAAAGGGGUGUGGUAUGAUUUCUAUUCAGGUGAGAAGUUUGUUAGCAAGGGCCAAUAUAGAAGUGUGCAUGUUAAACCUACUGAAGUGAAGGUAGAUAUAAGAGGUGGUUAUAUCUUACCAUUACAACUCACAGGAAAAACUACUACUGAAAGCCGCAAAAAUCCUUUUGAUUUGUUAGUUGUCUUAGAUGAAAAUCAAGAAGCCACUGGUGAAUUGUACUGGGAUGAUGGGGACUCUUUAGAUACUUAUGAAAAGGGAUUGUACAAUGAAAUUAAGUUUUCUGCGAAAGGUAACUCCUUUAAAAGUACUGUCAGUCAUCGUGGAUACAACACAACAAUGCAAUUGAAUGAGUUUAGAGUGUAUGGAAUACCUGUCGGUCCCUCCGAUGUAACAGUCAAUGGAAAAGCGACAUCUUAUAUAUUUGCAAAGGGAAAUCUGAAGGUUUUUGUCGAGAAUUACACAUUGCUGCAAGAGGUUACCAUUGUUUGGACUUAUGAUGAACAAAUUUAAACGUAUUAAUUGAAGCUGAAGUUAAACUCCUGCAGUGUUUAUUAACAUAUUGUUUGUUUGUUUGAUAUCAGAUGCUGAAAUUCAUACUAAAUUUUUUUUAUCAACUACAUGGAAUGAUUAAGUUUAAACCUGAUAAUUUAAGUAACUUCUGCCUUUUACUUUUUACUUUAAUAGCCAUUACUGUUUUAUACAUUUUAGUGCUUCUUUUUUAUUGAUUAAGUUAUGAAUAAAAAUGAGAAUUUUUGAAAACCUUUCGAUUGAAAUCGUUGAUUAGUAACUGCAAAAAUAUCAUUUUUAAAGUGAAUUUUAGCUUUGUCUAAUUAAAUGAAUCAUUGUGAAUAUAUUACAGUUUUAAAUCUACGAUUUCUAAUUCUUAUUUCAGUUGUAAAACCACAUUAUGAAAUAUUUUCCUUUAAAUAAAAAAUGUGAAAGAAAAAAAAAUGAUGAAAAUAUUUAGUUAUGCUUUAAAAUUUUAUUCUGUUGUUUCUUAAAGAAAUAGAUAUAUUAUUUUUGUAGAUUUUUUUUAUAGAUAGAAAUCUAAUUUUUGAUUCAAAAGUGUGUGCAUAUUGGAUAUGUUCCUGUUUCAGAAUUUCCUUUAAAAAAACAAAAAUUAAAUAGCGAAUUUUAUUAAUUAUUGUAUAUGAUAAAAUUAUUGCAUUUAAUUUUAUAAAUUAUUUAUCUAGACUAAUGGUGGAUUUUUCUGCUUAAUAAUUUACUUAUAUUCAAAAACUUAAAAUCUUUUAAAUUAAAAAUUUAGUUUUAUAAAAUAAAAUUUGACCGUAUUUUUCUAAUUUUAUGCUAUGAAAUAUUGCAUAAUAAUUAAUUCUUUUCUUCAUUCUUAGAUGUCUUACAAAUAGCUAGUUGCAAAUAGCAAGAUGAAGGUUUAUAUUUUAUUUAUGAGUAUGCCAAUUUUUAAUAAAA